AUGCCACAGUCGAGGGCUACUGAUCGCGGAGCUAGCAACGAUCAUCCUAAUUCGGACCAAAAAGGAGGCGAUAAGCCAUUAGCCACUAGUGGAGAUAGCACAGAAUCAAUCGAAACGCCUCCCGUCAGUGAACCUCUUGAUGGUUUGUUGGACGUGAACCGUAGCCGCCUCUCAUGUCAGCCGGAUGAGUCGAUAGCUAAGUUUUCCAAGACUUUGCGUCAAUUAGGUCGCGAGGUCAGUAUCCGCUCUCCUAUCAGAAGAGUUACAUCUCAGGAUUACUUCGGACUUUCAGUACAUGGAGAAUCUUCAUUAAAUUACGGCAGUAUUGUUCAAAAUAGUCCCUCAUCAAAACAACGCACAACGAAGGCCGCUGACACUCCUGGCGGGGGUCAAGCGCAGGGGUCUCAUUUAGAACAAGAAAACAUACCAAUCUUAACGAGAAACUACUACGAUGAUUUUACGAGUGUGGAUUGGGUGAGGGACUACCUCUUUGAUGUCCAGCAGCGGGAAGAGCUGUAUGCGUUGAAGGGGCUCUCGGGGAAGUUCAGAAGGUGCUACAGCUAUUUACAGGAUUGGGUCUUAAUCAUAGUUAUUGCAUUGAGUUGCGCAUUACUAGCUUUCGUGAUCGAUAAAUCUGAGGAGCUUUUGGUAGAUUUGAAGAGAGGCUAUUGUAAACCUAAUUUUUUACUUAAUGAGCAGCAGUGCUGCAGCAACUACACUUGUGCCAAAUGGACUUUGUGGCCACAAGUAUUUUCAUCAUUUCACGGGGGGACUUUGCGCGCUGACUUCCUCGUAUACUUGGUUCUAAGCUUAUUGCUGGCAUUCAUAGCUGCUGAGGUGACAUUGACCACUAAAUAUAUCAAUCCCCUAGCUACAAAAACGGACAAGAAGAAAUUCAAGACGAUGUAUCACGCCUAUGGCAGCGGAGUGCCUGAAGUCAAAACAAUUUUGUCUGGUUUCGUUAUUAGAAAGUUCCUUGGCACGUACACCCUCUUCUCCAAGACCGUGGCUUUAAUUCUCGCCAUCGCCUCCGGUCUGUCUGUUGGGAAAGAGGGUCCCUACGUUCAUCUAGCAACGUGUGUGGGUAAUAUCGUUAGCAGAUGUUUCGAGAAAUAUAAGUUUAACGGUAUUGAAAGACGUGUCGUAUUAUCUGCUUCAGCGGCCAUUGGUGUCACUUUGGCAUUCGGCUCCCCAUUAGGUGGCGUUAUGUUUUCCUUCGAAGAAGUUAGUUACUUCUUGCCUGGCAACCAAUUGUUCAAAACAUUCUUCGCUGCGAUCAUGGCUAACCUUUUCCUGCGCUUGCUUGAUCCGUAUGGAACUGGAAAAGCAGUGCUGUUUGAGGUUAACUACUCUUCAGAUUGGCAGACCAUGGAACUUUUGCUUGUGGUACUAAUAGGCGCUGCUGGCGGUGCCUUCGGAGCUUUUUUUUGCAGAUUCGUAUCAUUUUGGGGUAGUUGGUUUCGGGGAAAUAAGUUUAUUACUGGUAGACCUCUUCGAGAAGUUGUUUUGGUCGCACUCGUAACUGCAUUUUUUACGUUUUCAAAUACCUAUACUAACAUUUCAGUUGCAGAGCUUUUGGCUAAUCUAGCAUCGCCAUGUUAUUCUCCAGAUGACUUUACAGGGACUAACGGACUGUGUCCAGUCGAUAAAAGAAGUUUUCCGAACGAGCUAAUUCCACUAUCGACUGCCCUAGUAAUAAAAGUCGUAUUGACAAGUAUCACGUUUGGCGUAAAGGUACCCGCGGGUAUCUACGUACCUUCAAUGGUUAUAGGUGCAUUGUUCGGUAGAAUCUUUGCAAUGGGUUUCGAUUAUUUGGCGAACAUGUUUCCCGACUUCUCAUUAUUCGCUCAAAUUUGUAAUAAGACAAGCACUAACGGUGUGUGCAUAGACUUGGGAAUCUAUGCAAUGAUUUCCGCAGGAGCUUUCAUGGCUGGAAUUACUAGGAUGAAUGUGACAUUAGCAGUCAUUAUCUUUGAACUGACAUCUUCUUACAAUUAUGUUGUACCUAUUUCAAUAGCUAUUGCCGUCUCCAACCUCGUGGCACAUAUGCUAGAGCCACAGUCUCUAUAUGAGAUGCUGAUAAGAAAGAACGAUUUCCCUUUUCUCGACAAUCAUAAAAUAAGGAAUUUCGGUGGGCAUGAAUUUGAUUUGAAAGAUAUAGUUACCAAGGUUGAUCAAGGUGGCAGCAGCGCUUUCAUAAACUUGACAAAUUCAAGCCAUUUCUCUUCCAUCUCUCUACGAGAAAUGCUUAAUGAGCUUCAAAGAGAAGGAUUAGUUGAUGGUUGCUUGCCAGUCCUGAAAGAAAGAAUACUGGAAGGCAUUUUACCGGCACCAGAUUUAGAAUUAGCGUUGGACAAACUUCAAUGUUUUUCUGACGAGUACAAGCUAUCAGGAGACUUCCAAGUUCGAUUGCUGGACGAUGAUGAGGCAUCGAGUAACUCAUGUAUCACUAGAUCUAGUCAUUACUCGGCCAAUGAAGCAUCUUGGAACACAUUUUUGCCUAAUAGUAACGAGAAUAAAGCUCUUCAAAGAAUGCUCAACGGCCUUUGCGAUCUUCGCAAAGUUGUCGAACGCUCGCCAGUAAUGCUCGAUGUUAACUCCCCAUUGUCACUGGUCGAACUGGUAUUUACAAAGUUGGGUAAUCGGUCAAUUUCAAUACUAGACAAGGGUGAAUUUGUGGGACUAGUUCAUAAAAAAAGCUUCAUUGACCAUUGCCGAGACAAAAGAAUUCUCUAG